AUGGAGCAGAUAUUGGAGAACGCGGGGAAGACUUUGUACCCCAGACUUGCCCUCUAUGAAGCACUUGCGGUGUACAAGGGCGAACACAAACGGCGGCAACUCGCAAGAGAUGAGAGCGAUGAUACAUGUGAAAUUCGAAGAGAUUUUCUUGACUCCUUCGCGUAUCUAUGUGACAUCGAAAAGGGGGGGGCAACGGUAACUGCUGCAGGAUUACAGAAACUGCCGUAUAGCAACAUUCUCUGGCUGGCAGCAAAUGAGGGAAUACGAAAUACGGUGCAUCUAUACGCUAAGAGCGUCUUGCGGCAACUUGUCCUUGUGAACUCUGAAGAGACCGAGCUAAGAGUUCGCGAAGAGGUGUUUCAGCGAGCUGUACAAAUGUGCACUCCAAGACUUAUAUUUUAUAACAAUGAGGUUCGCUUAUGUGCAAGGAAGUGCCGAAUGGAACUGAGGAAGCAAUUGCCAGAUGAUGCCGUGAGCGCUCUCCGGAGAAAGCUCAGGAAGCUUUCCGAACCACCAAUUUCCUUCACCAUCGCGCACAUUGUUGACCUCUGUUAUGGCAUGCGUGGACAUGAAGUUGACGCUAUUAAGAAAAGAUCGACACACUCCCAAGAUGAUUUCGGAAAACUAGCACACUAUAUCGGUCGUCUUGGCGCAACUCGUUGCUCGGUGAAUACAGUUGUGAAGGCGAUGAGGCAAGUGCCUGCACUCCGUCAAAUAACUGAUAUUCGUGUCAUCGAAGAACCUAAUGCCCUGCAUAUUACCAUUAGCACAGAAAAUAUGAUUCCAUACGAGAUUGUAUGGGCAAUCAGCAAAGAUUCUGUGUCUCAGAAUACCCUGGACAUCCAGUCAGCCCUUCAUAAUCUUAUCAAUCUAGAUCCUCCGUUGAAUGAUGGCACAAGCAAUCCUAUUCGUAUCAAUUUGGCUAACCGAAGGACUAUCGUCACGAGGGUUCAUGCUGAGCUACAGAUUUGUGACCAAUUUAGCCGUCACGGCUUCGAGUUCGUGGCCGAUGACAAGUACAUCGGAUGUAGCAAGCCUGCCUGCUACUUCUGUUACAAUUGGCUCGUCAAUCAUAAACAUAAGUAUGUCCAGCCGGCAACACACUAUAAGAUCAUUCCAGGGUGUCGGGGCCCGGACAACGACAUAAACGAAUCCGGGGCUACAAUUCUGAAGGAAAUGUAUAGUAAAAUGACCCUGCGUGUGGGUCAGGAUAUUAUCGACUUUCUGCUCCAUGUGGGUGGGAGGGAGGCUGCAGGAAGGACUCAUCAGUACCUGUCAACAGAGGGAACGAGUCGUGCAACGAGUGCAGUAUAA